CUUUUUAGUAAACAAGAUUUCAUGUCAUAUACGGUGUUGGAGGGCAAAUUCUUAUUUUGAUAGUAUCAGUUAUUUUACAAGGCAAAAGACAGCAUCACUGGAAGAUCUGAUAGUUAAGAACCCUGUUUUUGAGUACAAUUCAACAUUAUCUUAUUAAAUGGUGUCGGGAAAAUAUAAAAAUCAAAAGAAGAGGAAAACCGAUGACUGAUAAGAACCCAACCCCAAAGGGUACAACGGAGAGAAAAUACUCAGUUCCAGUCUUUAGCGAGAGAGAGAGAGAGAGAGAAGGCGACUUGCGAAUGGAACUGGAAGAUACUGUAGCUGUAGAAGUGAGAAAGCAAGAGGAGGUGGUGGAGACAUGGAACCAGAGAAAGCAAACCCAGAUACUGCAACUCUCCGAGAAGCUCAUCCAUGGGGAUCUUGAUUCCCAGAUAGAAGCAGCAAGAGAUAUCAGAAAGCUGGUCAGAAAAUCGUCUUCGUCGUCUUCGUCUUCUUCGAUGAAAACCCGCUCAAAGUUGGCAGCGGCGGGCGUGAUUCAGCCCCUAGUUUUCAUGCUUGUCUCUCCCAGUCUGGAUGCCCAGGAAGCCUCUCUCCUCGCUCUCCUCAACCUCGCUGUACGCAAUGAACGAAACAAGGUCAAGAUAGUCACAGCAGGUGCUGUCCCUCCUCUAGUGGAGCUCCUCAAGUUCCAAAACGGCAGUCUGAGGGAAUUAGCCACUGCAGCAAUCUUAACACUCUCAGCUGCAUCACCAAACAAGCCCGCUAUUGUAGCUGCUGGAGCUACACCACUCCUGGUUCAGAUCCUCUGUUCUGGAAGUGUUCAAGGAAAAGUUGAUUCUGUUACAGCCCUACACAAUCUCUCCACUAGCACAGGGAAUUCCACUGCAAUUCUUGAUGCAAAAGCAGCUCCCCCUCUCAUUAACCUCCUUAAAGAAUGCAAGAAGUAUUCCAAGUUUGCCGAAAAAACUACAGCCCUACUUGAAAUCCUUUCCAACUCCGAAGCAGGACGAAUUGCGAUUUCAAAUUCUGAUGGUGGGAUUUUAACCCUUGUGGAGACGGUUGAAGAUGGAUCUCUAGUCAGCACAGAACAUGCAGUUGGAGCUUUACUCUCUUUGUGCCAGAGCUGCAGAGAUAAAUACCGGGAACUCAUUCUUAAUGAAGGUGCAAUCCCAGGCCUUUUGCGACUGACCGUAGAGGGCACAGCUGAAGCUCGGGAGAGAGCUCGUACGCUUUUGGAUUUGCUUAGAGAUUCUCCUCGAGAAAAGAGACUAGCCUCCUCAGUUUUGGAGAGAAUUGUUUAUGACAUUGCUGCCCGGGUUGAUGGAGCAGAUAAAGCUGCUGAAACUGCCAAGAGAUUACUGCAAGACAUGGUUCAAAGAAGUAUGGAGCAUAGCUUGAGCCGCAUACAGCAUAGGGCUGCAUCAUGUACACCCUCGGAUAUUCGAUCUACAUAAUUUAACCCAAUCUAUUUGAUUUUAUUUGUGGGGUUAAUAAGGUAGUUUUGACUAGAAAGUGGGUUAGAGUUUUAAUCUGAACCUCUUUUGUUUGGCAAAGCUCCUGUACCUGGCUAGUUUAUUAUUGAAGGUGGAAAUAGCUAAAACGAAUCAGAUUUUAGUGUAA